AUGUCAGUAGAUAGUGCAUUUUUAAAGGCAGAUUCCAAUAAAGAAGAUGAACAGUACUAUGAGAGUAUUAGAGAUGAAUGCAUAAAACUCAUUCAUACAGAUGCUAACUCACAGUAUUCCAAAUCAUUAAAUAUGCUAAUCGAACUCAUCCAUUUCAAUGAACAAGAAACAUUAGAUUUUAUUUUAGAUUAUCAAUUAUUAAAUUUAAUUCUAGAAAGAAUAGAUUUGUCCUAUCCAAGUGAUGUAAUUAAUUCACUUAAUAUAAUUAAAAAUAUGGUCGAAAUUGAAAGAUAUCGAGAUUCAAUUUAUCAAAGUGAUUUAGUUCAAAAUAUAUUACAAUUGAUUCACAAUACAUUAGACAUUGAUAUUUUAGCUGAUAUAUUAGAUAUAAUUGCAAAAUUAAUCAAAAAUUCAGAAGAAUUUUUUAUUCAUUUGAUCGAAUCAGAAUAUAUUAAUGAAUUUUGCUCACAAAUAAUGACAAUUGCCGGAAAAUUAAGCAGUCAGCAUGAUUACAGCAAAUUCUCAAAAUAUUUGUUUAAAUUUUUGUCUAGUUGCUAUUUUUUUGGUGAUAUUAGUAUCCCAGAACCACUAUUCAAUGAUAUUCCAGACUUUAUAUUUUCAUCACUAUUAAACUCCAGUUUUGAAGAAAUCAACUUCAAAUUACAGCCAUUGAUUAUGAUAAUUAAUAAUUUCCAUGAUACAUUCAUCCUAAAUUUUACAGAAGUUGAUAAAUUAUCAGUUCUAAUCGAUAUUUUACUAAAUACUCUAAAUAAUGAAUUUGAUCAUUAUUUAAAUUCUAAAAUAGCCAAAAGAAUAUGUCUUUUAUUAGAUUCAAUGUUCGUAUCUGAAAGUAGUAUCUCAUUACAAUUAACAAAAGAAGAUUUAAUUAAUAUUCACUUUUUUGAAGCAUUGUCACAAACUUUCAAUGCAUUUCCUGAAGUUGCAACAGUUAUUUUGAGUAUUAUUGGUAAAUUGGUUCUGUUAGAAUUAAUUGUUGAUCCAGAAAUACCUUUAGAAUUAAUUUCAAGAGCAAAUACAGAAUUAUCAUUGCAUGAAAAAAAUUCUUAUGCUUUUCUAUUUUAUUCAUGUUCAAGAGUUCUUUACAAUUCAUUUUGCCAAUUUGUUUAUGAAAACUUUGAUAUGAUUGAUGGACUAUUAGAUAUUUUAUAUGGACAAGAUCCGUCGAAUAUUUAUAGCAUUAUGGAAGGACUCGUUAAUAUUAUUGAAUUUGCAAAAGCAUAUAGUUUUGAUAUCAAUUUAAUUAUUGAGAAAUUAACUGAACAUGCCAUCACUAAAGAGUUUAUCCAAGAAACUAUGGACCUAUUUUCGGGUGAUAUAAAUAUAUACGAAUGCUGUAUUCGCUUUUUAAGCGUAUUUGAAACAGAAGAUACAGAAAAUAUAAAUCAUGAAGAGGAUUUAGACGAAUAUGAUUAA